UUACCGCAUUAGAGCCCAUCUCAAUGAGCACCGUAUGAUCCGGUGGUCUGAAUACCAUAAACACUCCAGUAGUUCAUCCAUUCACUCCAACCCUAAUAAUGAUAUUGAAGUGAAUACCAGAGGGACAGUGAGCCAGGUAGUGACGUGUGAACCAAAUACUGUCAACUGUUUCCUGACUCCCAGUUGUGAGAAGAGUUACUUCGAUAAAGAGAUUCGUCGGAACAAUAGGAUAACCAUUUUCCUCAUCACUCUGACCGUCAUAUUUGGCAUUUCAUGGCUUCCGUGGAAUCUCUUCAAUAUUUAU